UCUCUCUCUACCUAAAAUAAAAUCUGAGUAUGGAAUAAGAUUUAAAUAUAAAUUGGAAAUUUGAUUUCUACUCAAACCAAUUAUUUCUCUUCCACUGUUUUUAGCACCGCUUGGGAGAGGGAGAGGGAGAGGGAGAGGGUGAGUUUUAGAGCCAAAUAGUGGAAAUGGAGAGAAAGGUGGUUAUAGUGUGCUGUGUGGUGGGCUUUCUAGGUCUGCUUUCUGCUGUUACGGGCUUUGCUGCCGAGGCCAAGAGGAUUAAGGGAGACCAGGUCCAAUUCCCGUCUCCUUCUGAAUGCAUAUAUCCAAGAAGUCCUGCUUUGGGCCUUGGAUUAACUGCAGCUGUAGCACUCAUGAUUGCUCAAAUGAUCAUCAAUGUUGCAACUGGCUGUGUCUGUUGCAGAAAAGGCCCACAUCAGACAAACUCUAAUUGGACUCUGGCACUUGUUUGCUUUAUCGUUUCCUGGUUUACAUUUGUCAUAGCAUUCCUUCUCUUGCUAACGGGCGCAGCUCUGAAUGAUCAACAUGGUGAAGAGAACUUGUACUUUGGCAAUUACUACUGCUAUGUUGUAAAACCAGGUGUUUUUGCUGGAGCUGCCGUCCUGUCACUUGCCAGUGUCAUUCUUGGGAUCAUCUAUUAUGUCACCUUGACUCAGGAAAAGGCUGCCUCUGUUCCUCAAAGUGGAAUUGCUAUGGGACAUCCUCAUUUUCCUCCACAGUAUAUGCAGUCCCGACCUCAAUUUCCUCCUCCACAAAAUGUGCAGUCCCAACCACAAAUUUCCCCCCCACAGAAUGCGCAGGGUCCUGUCUUUGUGCACGAAGACACUUACAUGAGGCGGCAGUUCACAUAGCCGCUAUUUUGACAAGGGGAAUUGGGAGUUCAAUAGUAUUAGACGAUUCUAAUAGGGAGAAGAGGGGUUGUGUGAAUUUGAUGGAAUGAGAAGAGCUGUUGUUAUCUUCUGUCAACUGUAAUACAAGUACUUCUAUUGUCUGAGAUUGUCUCAGUUUUUCCUAUAUUUCAUA